CCUUGUUUCCUCGAAUAAGCGUCUAAAAGAAGGAGAGGGUUAUUAUUCUCCUGUAGCGAGAUAUUAUAAUCUCUUACCUGUACUGAUUUCGCUGUAAUGGAAACUGAAAAAAUUGUGGAAAAAAGGGCAAUAGAAACAGGCUUUACUUGUAUCCCUACUAUCUAAGAAAGCGAGGGAGGCGAGGGGCGCUUGUUGAAACUAUGGCCUUGGACUCAUCGACUUAUGACCCUCUGUGUUGAGUACCGAUUGUAAGUGGGACAGAAAUAUUUCUUGACAGUCUCUUUCAGAUUUAACGAGUUGCAAGGUAAGAUACUCUUUAGGAAGCAUAAGAGGGAGUGCACAUCGUGUUUUUAAUGGAAACCCGCUAAAAUUGAGGUGGCUAUGUAAAGUAACUACUCUAUGUAAACUGAUUCUUUGAAAUAAGAAAUUUUCGGCAAAAUAUGCAACAAGAUGGCUGUGGUUAUGACUUUUUCAUAAAAAUUGGCUUAAGGCAAAGACCAUCUUCAAUGACUUCCUUCGACAAUGACGAUGAACGCUUAACUGAAUUCAUCGGCCAAAUUCUUUGAAAUAUUAUCGACAAACUGUUUUGAAACCAUUUAUAUCAAAUGACCCCUUUCUCGGACAAAAUGUUUGCGACAUUUUUUGGCACUUUAAUCGUCUGAAAUUGAUUCCCACUUUUUGAAAAUUAUUUGAAGAUAGGUGUAAUCAGGGUAAUGGGCUCCUGGUGUCAUCAGAUAACCAUGCAAAUCAUUAAAAAAAAAAAUUAGGUGAUAUCAAAGAACGAUAUUCCAUAUACAAGGCUAAAAGAUUAGGAAAAAAAUUAUUAAAAUGUUUAAACCAAACGUUUUCAACUGUUUGCCAUCAUCAGGGUUAUUAAGCGAACAUUAUGGACAUCAUAGAAUGCUAUUUAUUUGAACAAGCCACAUCUUAAGUACACUGGUAGCAUUUUCGUUUGCGGUCUUCGGUCGCGGUUAGAAUUCGAGGCGUUGCAGCAAGAGUUUUGAUUUCUAAGUAACAGCACCGAUGAUAAACACAUUUCUCUUUUUUUACUCAGUCUUUGACUCAACGUCUUCUUUUAUUUCAGGAUAGUCAAUGUUACUCUCGCUUUCUCUUUGGGAGAGAAAGGCAACGCAACGCAACGCAACGCAACCUCGCUCCAAGGGCCUUAUAUCCCUUAUCUGGGGGUGGGCCUUUUCCCGCCCCACCCCCAGCUCCACCCCCAAAGGAAAAAUGCCCUGAGAACGAGGUUGAACGGAACGCAUCCAGACUUUUGUUGUUGUGUAUGUGUAAUGAAGUAUGUUGUAGUAUGCCGUGAUAUGCUACGGUCAGUUAAGGCACUGGGUCUGAGAGGCCGUUUUGGCUCCACAGCUCCACAAUGCACAGCUAACACAUCUUCCCCGCCAAAUUUAAAUAAUAAUUUAAGCACAAUGUCGAGUACUAAAUUACCGAUGAUAUUUCAGACUGCAGAUUUGUCCUUUGAAACUCGUGUAGCAGCUUAUCAAAAUGAUAUUUUAGGCUUGUGUAAACCGCGCGAAGUUCCCGACAGAAUCGGUAAAUACAUUGGUCGAAAUGUCGAGGCGAGUGGCUGGCAGGCAGUUUGGAGAAGUACUCCCAAAUCCAGCGGACAACCGCAUCCUUUUGACGUUGUAGUAGAGGUGUCAAAUGUCAAUGCAAGUGACAUGAUGGCAGAAGUCAGUAUAUGUAAGCCAGUGGUCACAGACUGCCUCAAUGAUUUAGAUAUUGAAAAAGUCAAUGCAUACCUUUGCUGUCAUGGCAAUCAUGUUCCUCUUACUGAGCUGUGCCCUGUUUAUGAUGAAUCUGGACAGCGUGAUGAAACCGCAUUGGCCAUUGAGCAUGUCAGGUUUUUCUAUGAGAACAUUUGGAGAGAGUGGGAUGAAGAUGAUGAUGGAGAGUACUGUUAUGCUGGCCGACAUUUAGACACAAGAAUUCAACUGUACUAUGAUAUAGAAGAAGGAAACCUUUCCAGAGAUCUUGUCAACAACUAUAGAGAUAGUUAUAACCAAUACAGAGAGAAGUUAGCAGAACUGAAACAGCUUCAGGAAAAAAUCGCAGUCAGUGAUCUUGAAGAGGAGCUUGAUGAAAUGGAUGUGCUCAAAUGUGCACAGAUGUCAGAAGUGUGUGAGUCACUGGUUCAUUCACUGCAGAUCAUAGAGAACCCACAAAUGAGGUACCUCUUGGCUUCUGUGUCCCCUAAACUGGCGCAGCAAGGUCCCAGAGGUAACCGACCGAGAGGAGAUGAUCCUGUUACUUAUAUAGUGGCACCAAAGUUACGGGCUGGCAUGGUCAAGUUCUAUGAAGAUAACACAGUAGUGGAGCAUUAUUCAUGCUUGGGAAAGGCUCUGAAGAGCUAUUAUCAUGGGGAUAUGAUUGUGGUUUAUCCUGGAAAAUACAAACUUGAGGGCAGGGCACAUCAACUUGCAGAUUCUGUUCAUAUCACAGGAAUAGGAAAUCCUUCUGAAAUUGUCGUGUUCUGUAGUGAUAAUGAAGAAUACACAUUGGAGUGCUGUGCAACUAAUAUCAGCAUCAAGAAUAUCACCUUUGAACAAGAAGGAAGUGAAAAUGAAGGAAUUGUGUUGGUAAAGAAUGGCCGGGUUACAUUUGAUGAUUGUCAUAUGAGGUGUGAAACAAAUGGUGUCAGUGUGGAAAAUGGAGAGUUGGUCAUGAGGCAAUGCAAUGUUCAUGGUGCAAAGUCUGCAGCAAUUAUUGUUUCCUCUGGUGCAAAACUUGAUUUACAAGAGAGCAAACUGUUUGAUAAUGGAGAAUUUGGUCAGGAUUUGGAUGUGACUACAGAACUUACCACUGGGGCCAUUGUCUUGGAGGCCCUAUCAGCUACCAAGAACACUAGUGCCAUUUUGUCUGAUAAUUACAUCUCUAACAAUCAUUGCUAUGGUAUUUGUGUCAAGAAGGAUCAAGAAAUUUUCACUGCCAGCUGUGACCCCGAGCAUGGCAUCAAAUUGGAAAUGACAAACAAUGUGUUUGAGGGAAACAUACAUGGCGACAUUGGUCAUUUCCUGGUAAACAAAGACUAAUCUCACAAUUCAAAAGUCAGGAGAUGUGUAACUAUUUAGCUAAAAUGCAAGGUCUCUUGAUUGCUUAAGGAAAAACUUUGAUGGAACACAAGGUUUGUUUGGUGGCAUGAAAUGAAAUUCACCGAGAAAGUCACUUGAAUAUAAGUGGAUUAUCAAUAAAUAAAUAAAUUGAUAGUAUAAUGCACAAAAUAAAUGUUGGGAAGAAUUAGAAUAAGAUUUAAAAUGUCAAUUUAAUUUCUUUCAAGUCGAGUCAACACCAGAUUAUUAAUUUAUAGAAAUACCAUGAGAUAAAUGGAUUUCAAUUUA